GCUUUUGUCCGUCCCUCUCCCCUUAAACCCUAUAAACCCCGGAAACUCUCGCUCUCUCCCCUCUGAAACUACUAAGAAAUGGCCUUCUCUUCUAUUCUUCGCCGAUCGGCCUCCUCUUUCGCGUCUCUCGCGGUCCGUGCUCUCCGAAGCCAGCGGAAUUGCCACUCUGCCAUCUUUGCCGCUCUUAACCAGACGAGGAUCGUUUCCAGUGAGAAUCGUCUCAGUCCGUUUCUGCCUCCUUCUUUUAGCUACUCCACGAAGAGGCCGAGCUCCGACGAGAAUCUCCUCCGAGUCCUUGACUCGGAGAUACAAUGCGCUGAGGAAACCAUCGACCGCAAUCGGGUUGAAGAUGCACCAGAUGGAUUCCCCUUUAAAAUUGAAGACAAGCCUGGAUCUGCCACCAUUACACUGUCAAGGAAGUAUGAGGGUGAAGAGAUAAAAGUUGAAGUCAGCUGCCCUAAAUGCGUGACCAGUGAUGACAUCCAGGCCUAUAGUGAUGAGAAGGAGAGCAUUCCUCUAGUCAUAAGCAUUGCCAAUGGGAGCGGACAGUGUAUUAAAUUCGACUGCGUUGCUUACACCGAUAACCUCGAUAUUGACUGCUUGGGGAUUAAGAAUCCUGAAAACUCAGAGGACCAAAUUGCUUACGAAGGGCGUGAUUUUCAGGAUUUGGAUGAGAACCUGCAGAAAGCAUUUCACAAGUAUUUAGCGAUUAGAGGAAUCAGAGCCAGCGCAGCCAAUUUCUUGUAUGGAUACAUGAUCAACAAAGACAGCAGAGAGUACUUGAUGUGGUUGAAGAUGCUCAAGAAGUUUGUCGAGGCGUAAUUUUGUUGGGGGCGGCGUCGCUUGUUAGGGUUUCAGUCUUCAGUUCUGGUGCGAGAUCCUCCAUUGCAAUAGCUUAUUCGGUCUGAAUGUAGACUACCAUGGGUUGUCCACUGCUUGAAGGGAACAUCUUUAAUCGAGAGAGCUGAAAUUAUU